AUGCCUGUACCUGCUACUUCUAAAGUUGCAUGUGGUACUGGACUUGGACUCCUUUCAUUUGGUGAAACUCUUGGAAGUUUAGGAAUUGCAAAGCCAGACCUUGAUGUAGAUAAAUUCACUAAUUUUGGAAGGUGGCGGGACAUUGCAAAUGUAAAGGAAUACAUUAGUCGUCUAAUAGACCUAACAGAUGAUGAAUAUAAUCAAAUUUAUGAAAGGUUCUGUGGUCGAUUUCGCCCAAUUGUUUCUAUUGUAGAAGAAGUUUUGAUGGAUAUAACAAUUAACAAUGCUGUUAGCGGACUUUGA